ACCUUUAAACCUCAAUAGUCAAUACCCCAAACCCCACUUCCCAAGCCAACCCAUACCCGAUAAGUCUCUCAUUUUUGCACCAUUUCCUAGUGAGCUCGUGUGCCUAAAAUUUUGUAUUCUCUCUCUCUCUCUCUCUCUCUCUCUCUCUCUGUGUUUCUGCCAUGGAAUCUGGAACUGGGAAUGGAACUGGCUCGCCUUGCGGGGCAUGCAAGUUUCUUAGGAGAAAGUGCGCUUCAGAUUGCAUCUUUGCUCCAUAUUUUUGCACGGAGCAAGGCUCUGCAAGAUUUGCAGCCAUUCACAAGGUGUUUGGUGCUAGUAACGUGUCCAAACUUUUGUUGCAUGUCCCCGUUCACGAUCGCUGUGAGGCUGUAGUAACCAUUGCCUAUGAAGCUCAAGCACGUAUGAGAGACCCCGUUUAUGGAUGUGUCUCUCACAUUUUCGCCUUGCAACAGCAGGUGGCAUGGUUGCAAGAACAACUGAUGCAAGCGAAGGCUCAGCUGGCAGCUAAAAGCCAGAAUGAUUUUCGGAACACAGAGAAUGAUCAGGGGCCAGGUGGGAGUGUUGCUGGGGUGCCAAUAAUGGUUCCAAAUUAUCCUCCUACUUACAUGAAUCACAUUUCCCCCCAGAGCUCACUUGAAUCAGCUGACCACAGCUAUGGUGAUGGAAUGAAUAUUAUGCAAGAAAUACAAAGCAGAUCAGAGGAAUAUUGUUCUUUGCAACCAUGUUCUAAGAAAAGACCAUAUUAUGUUAAGAAUCAUGAAUUGGGUGAGCUUCAGGAACUUGCCCUCAGAAUGAUGAGGAAUUAAUUCAUCAUAUCUCUUUAAAUCGACAUAUAGAUGAUGUUGGAGUUUCAUUAUGACGAUGAGGAUUCUCUAUUUGAUCUAAAUGCUGUAUAUACUAAGACUAUCUGAGAAACUUGGUUAGAGUGAUGAACCUCAAAUAGCUAGCUGGCACAUUAUGCUUUUUUCUUCCUUGAUCUGUUUCUUUUCCGAUCACCAAAAUUAAUGUGGACGGCUUGGGAUAUUUAAGAUCUUUCUCUCUCUCUCUCUCUAAACUAGUACUAUAUAUGAGUAUGAACAAUUAAAUU